AAAUCUGCGCCAUUGCACCGUUGAAGACAGACAUUAAUUAACAUGGUAAAACGUUUAAUGUGUCGAAUCACAGCGGAAAAUUCUCCAACAUGGCCACCAUUUUAAGGAAGAGAUUUCAUUUCAACGAUGAUGUAAGCAGCAGCUUUAACGUGCGUCAGGCGGGAGUGGGACCAAGGAAGGGCAGCAUCUUCCCUGCUCCGUCAUUCGGGCUCCACAUGCCAGACGCCUGCAUCCACAUGGAUCUAUCCUCCGCCUCUGGUGGAUGCCCUGGUUGUGUAUGAUACAUAAAUGCAUGCCCUUCUCGUUCUAAGAGCAGAAUAAAGCCUCCUCUCUCCCUUCUCAUCGUUACAAGUUCUUCCUUCUGUUUUCCCUUUAUAAAUUUCAAGAUCCCAAGCUCCUUGGACCUAUACAUCCCCUUCGGUCGCCGCCUGUUUAGUUCUCUAUCCAGCCAGCAACAGGCACAGCUCAAGGAUUCCAAAUUCCAAGUUCCAUGGGCCACGGCCAUGAGCGGUAGUGAAAUGAAGAAGGCCGAGGCCGAGCCGAGGCGCGUGUACGUGCCGGGCCCAGUGAUCGUGGGCAGCGGCCCUUCCGGCCUGGCGACGGCUGCAUGCUUGAAAGGUCAAGGCGUUCCCUACCUCGUCCUUGAGAGGGAGAACUGCAUAGCCUCCCUGUGGAACCUCAAGACCUACGACCGUCUCCGGCUUCACCUCCCCAAGUUCUUCUGCCAGCUCCCUCACCUCCCCUUUCCCUCCGACUUCCCCCUCUACCCCACCAAGGAGCAGUUCAUCCACUACCUCGAAACCUACGCUCAGCAGUUUGGUAUUCGUCCAAGAUUCGGCGAGUGCGUGACGUCUGCGGAAUUCGACGCCGGAACUGGCUUUUGGAAGCUGAAGACUGCCGCCGGAGGGGAGUUCAUCUGCCGGUGGUUGGUGGUUGCCACCGGCGAGAAUGCCGACCCGGCGGUUCCGAGCAUCCCGGGGAUAGAAGAGUUCCAAGGAAGAAUCGUCCACACGAGUCAGUACAAGAGCGGGUGGGAGUUUCAGGGACAAAAGGUGUUGGUCGUGGGGUGCGGGAAUUCAGGCAUGGAAGUCUGCCUGGAUCUGUGUGACAGUGGUGCCCGUGCAACCAUGGUGGUUCGCAACACUGUGCACGUUCUGCCGAGGGACAUCAUGGGGAGAUCUACAUUUGGUCUGUCGGCGUGGUUGUUGAGAUGGAUCCCGUUGAGAGUGGCUGAUAGAGUUUUGCUUUUCUUAUCAAGGUUCAUACUGGGAGAUACCGCAAGAUUGGGAAUGAAAAGACCGGAGAUGGGGCCACUAGAAUUGAAGUUUACUUCAGGGAAGACGCCGGUGCUAGAUGUUGGUACACUUGCAAAGAUAAAAUCCGGCCACAUUAAGGUGGUGCCGGGUUUGGAGAGCUUAACUCCAAAAGGUGCAAAGUUUGUGGACGGGAGGGAAGAAGAGUACGAUUCAAUAAUAUUAGCAACGGGCUAUAGAAGCAACGUACCCAUGUGGCUCAUGGAGGGAAAGUUCUUCUCCAAAAAAGAUGGCUACCCCACAACUCCAUUUCCCAAUGGUUGGAAGGGCGAGAAUGGCCUCUAUGCAGCGGGCUUCACAAAGCGAGGUCUGGUUGGAGCUUCAACGGACGCCGUGAGAGUAGCCCAAGAUAUCGCUCAGCAAUGGAACCAGGAAGCCAAAUAUUUCACCUUUCCGCCCAGCAAGAAAAAUAUCUGAAUAAGAGAGAGAGAGAGAGUGUGUGUGAUAAGGCAGGGUGGAAAAUUUAUGUUUGUCGUUUUUGUGACUCGAAGGCUCAAAUAAUUGGAUGGGCCAGUCGAUGUUGAGCGAAGUGAAGGAACGAGGGCGACCUUGGGAAAUGAUGAUUUAUUUCUCUUCCUUGCCACAUCUUUCUGCAUGUCUCCUUGGACCUCACAAGAUCGCCGGAGGAAGGUGAUCAUUGAAUGCCGUGCAACAAUGACCACUCAAGAAUGCUGCAGGAAGCAUGUUCCUAACCAUGUACUACAUCUGGAUGGUUACUUGUCUUAUCUAAUAAUAUAUCAGUAAUCUCCAGCAUCGCUAUGUUGUCGCAACCACUUAUUAUUAAUGAAACCCCAAAAGCUGAAAAAUUAAAAAGCCCACAAUUCUGCUGUGUUGUUGACGC